AUGAAUACUCGAGAGAAAAUAGCCGAGCAACAGGCGGAGCUUGCUGUUCUUAAUAAUAUCUACAAAAAAGACCUCUUAAAGUGGACUACGGAGGAAACAAUUAUGUAUGGAAACAAGGAGGCCGUUUCAAUUAAAAAGGACUUGGUUGAUGUUUCUAUUCAGCAGUUGGCUGUUGAGCUGUUAUUCGAGAAAGACUUUGCUGCCUGGAGUUCAGCUGAAAAGAGAAGGUACGGGAACCAGGAAGAGGCUGCAUUGGAGCAACUGCGAGAGAAAAGUAAGCAACUGCGAGAGAAAGAGAAGCAACUACGAGAGGAAGAAAAGCAACUACGAGAACAGCAGAUUAUUCUACUUCAACUUAAAGAAAAGACACUUGUUCAAGGUAGCAAAAGUCCUAUUCAAGGCUUUGUUGAUGCGGGACAAAGUUCUUCGUUUACACAACAGAUUGAAGACAUCAAAGCAGAUAUCAGCAAACUUCAAGAAUCAAGCAGCAAACUCCAAGAAUCAGACAGCAAACUCCAAGAAUCAAGCAGCAAACUUCAAGAAACUGUUUCAAAUUAUAUCCAGGAAGCAGAAACUAUGUCAAUAUCCAAACUCACUAUUGACAAGAUUCAAAAGGAUGGCUAUACUCUUAUCGCAAGCUCAGUCAAUUCAAUCAAUGAUUCAGAUUAUAAAAUUGCAGAUAAAUUCCACGAAUUUCAAUGGCCAGUAAAGAAUAACAAAAAGGAUAAAAAAAACAAAGACGCAUAUCUUGGAUACCUAUCGGCAUUUGUUGAACCAUUUUAUCGCCUCCAAGCCAAGGCUUCAAUCGAAUGGCCUCAUCUCUACUCUGAAGUCGGUAUCAAUCCACAUCAUUUGAGUGGAGAGGCUGAUUUAUAUGUAAUGCCAACAGCCUGUACUCUGAUUAGUAGAAACCAGCUGUCGAUGGUUUUUCGAAUGAAAUCCAAUGAAAUCAAUUCAAACGACUUGGCACAAGCUAUUGGAUGCGUCGUUGCCGCAAAUUCUUUGUUUGACGUACCCGGUCGUCCUUCCCCUGUUGGUGUUCUAUCGGACUUUAUUGACCAGUGGUGCUUGAUUUGGAUUAGUAAAGACGGAGAAGUGAUCUAUGCUAAUAUGGAGAAAGAUUCGGAGCUACGCGGAAAACCUCUCACCCGUCUAACCGCCAUGUACUAUAUACAAAAGCAUUUGGAACAUUAUAACCAAUUACUCAACGAUGAGAACACCAAGAAACGCCGAGCAGAACAUACUGGAUGGGCAUUUGAUGAAUUUGAAGCUGGAGUCUUGAAACAAAUGGUGUUGGUUGCUGAAGACAAUAUGCGUGAUUUGCUGGAGACGGAUGAAGAAAUAGCCAUGUAUGAUAUGAGAAAAAGAAUGCGAAAUACUCCUUUAUUUCAAUUCCCUCGUCUGCCAAAGGACUUUCAUAUUUUUCCUAAGUUUACGGAAUAA